CCCACUGGUAUAUAUUCCUUUCUCUUUCUCUCUCUCUCAGUACACCGCAAAAGAACAACCUCUCUCGAGUUCUUGGGAGACCCAUUCCCUCAAUCUCUCCAACCAUUUCAUUUCACAAUCUCCCUCUCAUCACACCGCAAAACAACAGUCUCUCUCCGAUUCUUGAAGACCCCUUCCCUUAAUCUGUCCAACCAUUUCACUACAUAAUCUCUCUCUCUCUCUCUCUCUCUCUCUCAGAUUAGAAUAUAAAUCCAUUUCUUGAUCUUAUGGCAAACCCUAGCCAUGGCGUCCAAGACUCAAAAGGGAUCAAGCUCUUUGGAGCAACAAUCACUUUGCAAGGAUUUAGGGAUCAACAGGUCAAGAGUGAAGCCCCAAUUAGCACAGAAGCGACGACAACGAUGACGACGAUGACGACAACAACGAAGAUGGCGACGAUAUCAACAACCAACAGAAAUCAAGAUGCACUCGCAGAGGCAAUGAAGAGGCCAGACAAGAUCAUACCAUGCCCGAGAUGCAAGAGCAUGGAGACCAAAUUUUGCUACUUCAACAACUACAAUGUCAACCAGCCCAGGCAUUUUUGCAAGGGUUGCCAGAGGUACUGGACUGCUGGCGGGGCCCUGAGGAAUGUCCCUGUUGGGGCUGGCCGCCGGAAGAGCAAGCCACCGUGCCGGGGAAUGGAUGGGUUCCCAGAGAGUUGCUCUUUCGAAGGGUCAGAGGUAAACCAUCAUCAAUACUAUGAUUUGGAUUAUGGGGUGGUGGAGAAUUGGCAUCAGUUGGUUCCACAAGGCGCUUUCCAACAUGUUGUUAGGGUCAAGAGGAGGAGGAAUGGGGAUCAAAGCUAUUGAUAGUUUUGAUGCUUUUUAGUCUUCUUCAUCUGUUUUCCUAUUUUGUUUCAGUGAUAUCAAGAUUUUGAAGAGGGUAUAAUCAACAUGACCUCUGUGGUGGUGGGGUGUAAAUUCUGAAAUGUGGUAGAUGAUGUACAGGCUGGACUUUGUAGUUUUUAUAAACUUCCGAAGCAUUUUAUCUUCUGGUC